GAAACACACACUUGUAAAAUAUUUACUGUUACCUUUUGCUUGCUCUUUGGUUGCUGCUUGUGCGUAUGUGUGUGUCCCUUUUACCCCUACAAGCACCGUUACACAUUCCAUCAAAUACAUAUUUUGUGCCACUACACAAAAAUACAAAUCUACGCUAAAUGCUAGUGAGAAAAAUGUCGGCGGCUGUCAGUUCAACCGUGGCUGCACUUGCAGCUGUCGCAGCGACUACUACAACAACAGCAGCAAAAAUUACCAACUUCACUACAACGGCUGCGGCAGCGGUGGCUCGAGCAAACAACAAUUACAGCAAUGUUUCCACAGUAAUGGGCAUAGGCAGGCAAGGGAACAGCGUAAGCGCGACAUCUGCUGCUGUUGCUGGUGUCUCCGAUCAUCUGCCGCUUCAGCUGACCACUGCCAAAGUGGAUUUGGAUUUUGAAAUAGAUAUACAGCUGCUAACGAAUGCUUACGAAGGCACAACGUUAACUUCAUAUUUCAAUGACACAUCGUGGAUUAACCCAUCCGAGACCGAUACGAUAGUGGGUGAGGAACCUGAUGCGGUGUCUCUUGUGUCAAUUUUAGUUGUUGGCAUCUUCCUGUCAGUGCUGAUUUUUCUAUCGGUUGCCGGCAAUAUACUCGUCUGCCUCGCCAUUUAUACCGAACGCAGUUUACGGCGUAUUGGAAAUUUAUUUCUGGCAUCAUUAGCGAUAGCGGAUUUAUUCGUCGCAUCCCUCGUGAUGACAUUUGCCGGCGUCAAUGAUCUACUGGGCUAUUGGAUUUUUGGCGCGAAGUUUUGUGAUACUUGGGUCGCCUUCGAUGUGAUGUGCUCCACGGCGUCCAUUUUAAAUUUAUGUGCCAUCUCAAUGGAUCGCUAUAUUCACAUAAAAGACCCACUCAGAUAUGGCCGUUGGGUGACACGACGCAUCGCAAUCAUUACAAUUGCCGCCAUUUGGCUGCUGGCCGCAUUUGUCUCGUUUGUGCCAAUCUCUUUGGGUCUGCAUCGGCCGGAGCAGCCGUUAAUCGUUGAGGAUAAUGGAAAACGGUAUCCCACGUGCGCGCUGGACCUGACGCCAACCUAUGCGGUCGUCUCCAGUUGUAUCAGCUUCUAUUUUCCAUGUCUCGUCAUGAUUGGCAUCUACUGUAGACUUUACUGCUACGCUCAGAAGCAUGUUAAAUCGAUUAAGGCGGUCACACGCCCCGGCGAAGUGGCCGAAAAGCAACGCUACAAGAGUAUACGUCGCAACAAAAAUCAACCGAAAAAGUUCAAAGUACGUAACCUGCAUCACAGUUCGCCCUAUCAUGUGUCCGAUCACAAGGCUGCCGUAACAGUGGGCGUCAUUAUGGGUGUCUUCCUCAUCUGUUGGGUACCAUUCUUCUGUGUCAACAUCGUAGCCGCUUUCUGCAAGACCUGCAUCGGUGGUCAAACCUUCAAAAUACUCUCGUGGCUAGGCUACUCCAACUCAGCUUUCAAUCCAAUAAUUUACUCAAUUUUCAACAAAGAAUUUCGUGAUGCUUUCAAACGCAUACUCACCACACGAAAUCCAUGGUGUUGUCGACAAGAAGUUGGCAAUAUACAUCCGCGCAAUAGCGACCGCUUCGUAACUGAUUAUGCGGCGAAAAAUGUGGUGAUGAUGAAUUCGGGCCGCUCGUCGGCCGAAAUCGAACAAGUGUCUGCGAUUUGACCAAAACGCACCGCUUCGGCGUUGGUGUGCUGUGUAUCCAGUGCAGAUGCUGCAUCGCUGACGACGACAUACGUUCCGUGAGAUUCG